CAAUUGUUUAUUCAAAUGUUAUUUCAUGUUAUUUCAUUGUCAUUCUAGGUUGUUGUUUGUACGGGGCCCUUGUGUCGCAUGGUAUAUCCACAGUCGAGACGCUCAUUCAAGGGUGAAGGGUGUGGUCUACGUGUUUUCUUAUUAUGUCCCCCUCAAAGGAUUGUGAUUGUUACCUGGAUUGCUUUUUGGAUUCAAUAUAAUAGGAAGCAGGAUAUGUGGUUGCCACCGACCCACUUACACUGCAGUGGACGGAGUUGUGGACUGACUUUCAGCGAUUGCGCCGUCGUUGUGUCGGUCACGGACUGUAAACACAGUAUUCUAGUUAUCAGCUGGGUAUAUGAUAGUGCCGUCAGAACAUUCAGUGUAUUAGUUCGACAGUUCGGUCUCAUGAUGGGUAGUUCCUGUAUUGGGCGUCAACUGUCAUGUUUGUUGGUAGCAGCCUUUAUCCUGCUGCUGGUGUAUUCGGCUCCUAUAUAUCACCUCAUCAAAGUAUAUUUUCUCAAACAGCGUAGUCUGGUCCCUGUACAAUAUACGGGAGUGAUGGGAAGGACGAUUUUCCGUAAUGAGACACGCAAUAAGAAGGACCAAGUAUCAAUGCAUAAUCUCAAGACAGUUCAGUUUGAUUUGACAAAACCUGACACACGUGAACACGAAACGUCGUCCAUAAGGCCUAACAUUGGAAAGAAGGGACAUCCACACAAAUUGCUAGUCUGGCAUAUGAUUCCAAGUCGUCAUAAGCAUUACAAUGCCCAUCAUGUGAAGUGCAAGCAUUACACGUGCAUAUUCUCUUCCAAUACUUCGUAUAUACCGGAAGCAGAUGCCGUCAUUGUUGAUGUGUUCUUGCUGUCAAGACACCGAAGCAAAGAAGUACCACUAAGAUCUAGUCCAGACCAGGUGUGGAUACUCUUUGCUCAAGAACCAUGGGCUAACUACAGAUCUCUUUUUCCUGCACAAAAUUGGAAUGGUAUUUUUAACUGGACACUCACAUAUCAGCGUCAUUCUGAUUUCUGGGUACCCUACGGCGUUCUGAGGUACCAACGGAGUCAGAAACAACCGGACUGGAAUAAGCUCAUGAAACUGAAGACAAAGAAGGUCCUGUGGCUCGUAGGUAAUUGUAAAGCACGGAGUAAAAGAGAAGAAUACGUUGAAGAGUUGAAGAAGUAUAUCCCUGUCGAUAUUGUCGGACGUUGUGGGAGGUCCAACGUAAACUGUACUUCCGGAAAUAUAACGGAUGAAGAUAAAUGUUUGGAACAGUAUAAGUUUUAUCUGUCUUUUGAAAGUACUCUUUGUAAAGAUUAUGUGACAGAAAAGUUUUUCAAGACAUUUCAAAGGGAUCGUCAUAUCAUUCCUAUAGUUCGUGGCAAUGGUGAUUAUGCAAAACAUUAUCCUAAAGACACGUACCUGAACACAGCUGACUUCCGGUCCCCUAAAGAUCUGGCUGCGCAUCUUUUAUAUCUGGAUAAGAACUCCACUGCCUACCUUGACCUUCUCAAAACACAUGCGCUGUAUAGACAUCACAGUGCGGGAAGAAAGAUAUGCGAGAUGUGUAUAAGUCUCAACACCCUAGACCAACAUAGAAAGUCGUACCCCGAUAUCUCGGGGUGGAUGGACAGAUGUGACAACGUGACAGAUCUACAUUGGUAAAACUAUAUACGUCAACAGUUGACUGGGUCAGUGAGAGGAGCCGACGCCGAUGUAUAUUUAACAGGAUAUUUGAAUAGAAAACAUGUCUACCUACAAAACGAAAUAAUUUGAGAGGCACUGACGAACAUCGUUCCAUUGAUAUUCACAUGAAGCUCCAUACUAAAAGUUUUUUUUGUUUUUUUAGUGUGUGUGCUGUUUUUGUUAUUUUGUUGAUGGUGGUGGUGUUUUACGCCGCACUCAGCAAUAUUCCAGCUUUAUGACGGCGUCUUGUAAAUACUCGAGUAUGGACCAGGGCCUUGUCCCGCAAACUUCGACUCUGUUAAUGUAUGGGAAUAACGGUCAUCUUAUGCGAUUAGAAAUUAAAAUACUGGGUAUCCAGAAUAUCACCGACGUUAGGGGUCCAAUGUGGCUCCUAAAUGUUGAAACCUCUACCAGCGCUUAAGGUGCAAAUAUUGGUGCAAAUUGGCCAUAUAGAAACGUGCUACAACACCUGUUAAAGCAAAUCAGGUAAGGGAGAUCAAUUAGUGUUUCAAUUUAUUUUUCCAUAGGUUAAAUAACGAGGAGGCUUAAAAACGUGCAGUCCCAGUCGUUACAGAAUUACAAUAUAGCAGGUAUUUACUGAAGCUCCAGUAAAAUGAUCACUUUUUUAAAAUAGUCUUCUUGAGACAAACGGUAGUAUAAUAAUAUCCUGUAUGAGGUAAGAAAGUUGCUGACUACUUGAUAAAAAAAGAAAUUGGCAUUUAAUAUAGAAACCUAGAAUAGAGAAAUCAAUAGGUUGCAUUUUAUGCGUUUUAUUUCGGGUACUGCACCAUGUUAUCCUUGAUAUAUCUUGGUUGAACCCACUCAAGCCGGGUUGCCAGAAAUGUGGUAACCUCGGUUGAUUCAGCCACUCCAAUUUUAAUAAUCGAACGCACUUUUUACUGUUUCUGUAUGACACUUACAGACAAUGACACCGAUGAAAACGUUGCAUUUUCGCUCAGUGGCCCGACACAUUUGUCCAUAUCAAUAUGAGCCUGUGGUUAGUCAAGAUAGUCUUGACAGCAGCGAGGUAGAUCUAUUGCGUGAAGUCGAUCGAUGGGAUGUCAACACUGAAACGCUACUGAACACAAACUGGAAAGUUUUCAAAUUUGCAACGUGUAACAUUCAUUUAGAUGUUGAGCAGAAAACCCCAUUUGUGUGAUCUAAUGUAUAACCGGGGAGGGAAACACAUUUUCUCAAUAUGAGUAUAUACACUUCCUCAUCCUUCCUAUCACUGUUUCAUAGUAUUUCAUGAUGAUGUGAAAAUACUAAGGAAUAGUAAAUCUAUUAUUCAAAAAAUCAAACGUAUUAAGCGCUAUCCUCACUUUUCUGAAUAAAAUGAAUGUUAAUCGAUUA